AUGUAUAAACAAACACAAAUGCACACAAAGAGUCAUAAGCCAUCAAAAGAAAUGAAUAUGAUUAACGACAAUAAAAUGACAAAACGAAGUCUCAUGGAGGUAGCAAAUUGUGAUACUUUCUUAAGAAAGUUGUUCGUCCUUUUCUUACAAUGCUCUGAGGAGAACAGUGAACAAGGAGCAAAUUGGCUUUUUCCAUUGAAGCUAAUUGAGCGUAAAGUUGAAAAGUCAUGGGGAUUGAGGCGAACUUUUUUGUUGACUUUUGAAAUUGCUUUUGAUUUCGACAACUGA